AUGAACUUCUACCCACCACCUCCCGUGAUUAAAGCAGACAUCUGGCUUCGUAUCCCCGACGAUAAGCGUUGCAUUGGCCAGGAGUCCGAAUGGAGAGGGGGCUUUGCAGGCUCCUUCAAACACAUUUUCCUCGAAGGGCCUGUUUGUGACAGCGUUGGCAACCUCUACAUUGUGGAUAUCCCCUAUGGCCGCAUCCUGAAAAUUGAUAAGGAGAAGCAAGGAAUUCUUUGCUUCGACCCCGAGACAGGGAAGAUGGGACCAAAGCUGAAAAGAAAGAAUUUAGAACGAUUCAAGGGUCCGAAUGAUCUGGUUGUCGACUCGAAAGGGAAUCUUUACUUCACAGAUCAAGGACAAACUGGAAUGACCGAUCCCACAGGACGAGUCUACCGUCUGUCGCCUGAUGGAAAGCUAGAUACUCUUCUUGAUAAUGGCCCAUCACCCAAUGGACUCGUUUUAUCUCGCGACGAACGCUUUCUCUACGUGGCCAUGACAAGAGCAAACCAAGUCUGGCGACUACCCCUGCACCCAGAUGGAACAACCUCCAAAGUUGGCGUAUUCUUCCAAUCAUUUGGAAACGCUGGUCCAGAUGGACUUGCGUUGGAUGAGGAGGGUAACCUUUUCAUCUGCCAUCCAAGUCUUGGAUCAAUCUUUGUGGUUGACACACACGGUGUACCCAAAGCUCGGAUUGUUAGUGGAUCAGAAGGUAUCAAUCUUACAAACUGUUGUUUUGGGGGACCUGGUCAUAAGACGCUGUACAUCACAGAUAGCCUUGAGGGAAAUAUUCAGACAGUGAAGUGGCAUUGCCGGGGAGCGGUUGCUGCACCGACACUGAAACAAAGCAACGAAAAUGAGUAG